CUUCAAUGUUAUUUAUCUGACUCAUACGUCAUGUGUGACAUAUAUAAGGAAGUAGCAUAGGACCUCAACCUUUAACUUAACAUUGAAUGCCAAACAUAACGCAGUACCUAGGUACUUACCAGCAAUAGAUAAACUUGUCCAACUACAUCAUUUUUUUCUCUCACAAGUUUUCAUCUUCGGAACGUAGUAUUUAAUUCAGAACAAGGUUGUGCUAUACAUUCAAAUGGGAAGCAAAAUGGAUGGUGACGAGGAAGUUCUGUAUUUCGCCUACGGUUCCAACCUAUCAUCAACGCAGAUGCAAGAACGCUGCCCAUGGUCCUCACCCAUCGGCUUAGGGUAUCUACCCGGUUGGACAUGGCUCAUCAAUGAGAGGGGUUACGCCAAUGUUGUGCAACAAGACCCAGAACCACAUUUACCCCCACCUACGCCUACAUCUUUGGUAUCGUUAUCACCAUUAACUCUCCCAGAGGGUGCACAGACGGUGGAAAAUAAGGAAACCGAAGGUCUCUACGGUGUGUUGUUCAGCUUAGACCCAGUUGACCAAGCUCCGCUCGACAUGUGCGAAGGGGUUCCAUGGGCCUACGAAAAACGAAAUCUUGACGUUACCCUACUCCCCAAGCAAAACACCAAGUUCGCGACGAAACUUGAGCCGAAGACCGUCCGGGCCCUAGUAUACAUCGACUUUAAGAGAGUUACGCCGGGGAAACCCAAGGACGAGUACAUCGACCGCAUCAAUCGUGGCGUUGAGGAAGCAACAAUAAAGUGGAACUUUCCGAAAUCUUAUGUAGAUGUCAUCAUUCGACCAUUUAUCCCUGAGAAGAGAAAAGAAACCUGAUGUUAGGCAAAACUUGGAACUGGACCUGAUGGGAAAUUAUUCCGGAAUGGAAUGACAUAGCGUUGCUUUGAACAAAUGAGUAUCUUCUAAUUUCACCUAUGUACACCCAAAACACCUAUCACAUGCAAUUUGCUUGUCUUGGGCUGACAAGUCCCGGUAGUCUAUGAACACCAUAGUUCCCUUUCCAUCGCGCGCUUUAUCCUGAAUUAGGGCAUAUGCCUUCCGAACCAAUGCAAAAUACAAUCAUGAUUUCUUUACAAAAUAAAUUCCCAGAUGCCGCGGAGCAUCGGGUUUGAGCUCCAUGAAUUAACCUAAUACCAUAACCAUAACAUUCGCUUCAACAGUCGUGCCAGUAAGUAUAUUUACAUGCCGUAAUAUUAACAGCUUAGAGUGUGUAGUAAAAGUCUGGGUGGUGAUCACCAAGCUCUUCUAUGCUCUUCUUCCUUAGUUCAUUGGCUUCAUCUGAAAACUGAUUCGCACGCUUCUUGUUGUUCAAAAAGCCGAGAUACCACCUGAGACCUAACGACGAAAGGAACAUCAUGAUGGACAUAGCAAGAGCUACACCGUUACCGAUGCUAUCUGUAAGGGGAAGAUUGGUAAGUAAAGUAGUCCACAAAAUAAGAGGUUAAUUUCGUUGGAUAUUACUCACAGUAAGGGGGGUCUUGGUAGGCC